AUGUGGGAAUUCUUUGCAUAUCGAAUACAGGAUCGCAUUAGUGGUUAUUCUUUGGUUUUAAACGGAAGAAGACUGUUCCAACAGUUUUUGGUUGACGCUUACACUAUGGUUGAAAGCGAAAGGUUAAAUUUCAUACGUGGUAAGCAGAAGAAUCUACGAUCUGAGACAUUUGAAAAUUUACAAAAGUAUAAGCACACAGGUCAAGAAAAUUUAUCGAACACCGGUCAAAAGGUCAUUCUGCCUUCUUCCUUUACUGGAGGGGCUCGGUUCAUGCAACAAAACUACCUUGAUGCUAUGGCUUUAUGUAAAUGGUUUGGAUACCCAGAUUUUUUCAUAACCAUUACAUGCAAUCCUAAAUGGCCUGAAAUUUCAAGAUUUCUUAAAGAUACUUCAAUUAAACCAGAAGACAGACCAGAUAUACUAUGUCGAUUGUUCAAGAUGAAGUUGGAUUCAAUGAUUAAAGAUCUAAAGGAUAACAAAUUUUUUGGUGAAAUGAACGCAGUUGUUUAUACCGUUGAAUUUCAAAAACGUGGCCUACCUCAUGCACACAUUUGUUUAUUCAUGAAAGUCGAUCAUAAACUUCCCACCGUAGAUCACAUAGAUCCUUUUAUUUCAGCUGAAAUUCCAGACAAAUCUGAAGAUCCUCAGUUAUACACACUUGUGUCGGAGUAUAUGAUUCAUGGUCCUUGUGGGAAUGCUAACUUGAGCUGUCCUUGCAUGGUUGACAAAAGAUGUUCUAAACGAUUUCCUAAAAAGUUUUCUACUCAAACUAUUAUUGACUCAAGUGGUUUUCCGGUUUAUCGAAGAAGAGAUUGUGGCCGUACUGUUAUAAAGAAAGGUGUUCAACUUGACAACCGAAGUGUUGUACCGUAUAACAAAAGUCUAUUAAGACGAUACCAAACUCAUAUUAAUGUUGAAUGGUGUAACCAAGCAGGCUCCAUAAAGUACCUUUUCAAGUACAUUAACAAAGGUCCUGACCGGGCUACUGCCGUUGUGUUUUGCGAAGCAGAAGGGUCUAGCAUUCAGAAACCAAAAGACGAAAUAAAAGAGUACUACGAUUGUAGAUACAUAUCUGCUUGUGAAGCUUCUUGGAGAAUUUUAUCAAAUGAAGUGCAUUAUAGAUAUCCUGCUGUAAUGAGGCUUCCUUUUCAUUUACCUGGUCAGCAUAAUGUUGUAUAUGGGGCAGAUGAUGAUAUUGAAGAUGUAUUGAGCAAACCAUCUGUUGCUUCUUCGAUGUUUUUGAAAUGGUAUCAAACUGUUGGUAGAAUUCAUUCCGUUUCAAUUGCUUCUGGUGAACCUUAUUAUUUAAGGAUUCUCCUAAACAAAGUCAGGGGUCCCAAAUCAUUCGAAGAUAUUCGAACAGUUAAUGGAGAGUUAUUCCCCACUUUUAAAGACGCAUGCUAUGCAAUGGGUCUUCUAGAUGAUGACAACGAAUAUGUUGAAGCAAUUAAAGAAGCAAGUUUUGAUGGUCAUUGUCGGUAUUUAAGAGCAUUAUUUGCCACAAUGCUGUUAACAAAUACUCUAACAAGACCUGAAUUUGUUUGGGAUAAAACGUGGCAUUUAUUAGGAGACGAUAUUUUGUACAGACAUUUAACGCUUCCUGAAGAUCAACUGAAGAAUCAAAUUUUGUUUGAAAUUGAGAAUUAUUUAAUUUCCAAUGGUUCAUCUUUAAGUAAGUUUACUACAAUGCCUUAUCCUGAUCAUCACUCUUUACGUCAAAUUACCAACCGUCUAAUCAAUGAUGAAUUAUCCCAAGACACAAAUGAGUUGCAAACUGAGUUUUGUCGAAUGAAAGAAUGUCUAACUGAAGAGCAGUCGAACGUUUUUAAUGAAAUUAUGCAUGCAAUCGAUAGCCAAAAUGGAGGGUUGUUUUUUGUAUAUGGUUAUGGUGGAACUGGGAAGACUUUUUUGUGGAAGACAUUGGCUUCUGCAAUUAGAUCUAAAGGGCAGAUUGUGUUGAAUGUUGCUUCGAGUGGUAUUGCUUCGUUAUUACUAUCCAAAGGAAGGACGGCACAUUCUAGGUUUAAAAUCCCCAUUAACUUGACAGAAGACUCCAUGUGCCACAUUAAGCCAAACGAUGAUGUUGCUGACCAACUAAAAGAGGCAAAGUUGAUUAUAUGGGACGAAGCCCCUAUGGUCCACAAGCAUGCUUUUGAGGCACUAGAUCGAACAAUGAAAGACGUUUUAUCGUCUUCUAUGGGUCACCAGUCUGAACUACCAUUUGGGGGUAAAGUUAUUGUUUUUGGUGGGGACUUUAGACAGAUCCUCCCGGUCAUUCCUAAUGGUACUAGACAACAAAUUGUCAAUGCUUCUUUGAGUUCUUCAUAUAUAUGGUCAGAAUGCAAGGUUUUAAAAUUAACCAAAAACAUGAGGUUGACAGUUGGAGCUCAAACAUCUAACGUUGAGUCUAUUGAGAAAUUUGCAAGAUGGCUACUUGAUAUUGGUGAAGGAAACGUUGGUUCAGAAAAUGAUGGUGAAGCACUUAUAGAGAUACCGGAUGACUUAGCAAUCACCGAUUCGGACGAUCCAAUACAAAAAAAAGAGUAUUUGAGCUCUGACAGUAUCUGUCAAACUGAACAAGUACUUGAUUCUUUCCAACAAGAUUUGUAUUCUGCUGAUAAUUUGAAUGCUCUCAAAAUAGCCGGUUUACCUAAUCAUAGGUUGGUUCUUAAAGUUGGUGUUCCUGUAAUGCUUCUUCGAAACAUUGAUCAACAAAGUGGUCUAUGUAAUGGAACUAGACUUCAAAUAACCUUUCUCGGUAAACGAGUUAUUGAAGCUGAAGUAAUAUCAGGUGGGAAUAUUGGCACUAGAGUUUAUAUUCCAAGAAUUUCAAUGAUUCCUUCUGACAAGAAGAUACCGUUUCAGUUUCAAAGAAGGCAAUUUCCGUUAUCAGUAUGUUUUGCUAUGACAAUUAACAAAAGUCAAGGGCAGUCUUUAUCAAGAGUUGGGCUAUAUUUAAAGGAUCCAGUUUUUAGUCAUGGCCAGUUGUACGUUGCUUUAUCGAGAGUGAAGACGAGAGAAGGUGUCAAAAUUUUAGCGUAUGAUGCUGAUGGUAAACCUUCGAAGCAGACAUCAAAUGUGGUUUACAAGGAGAUAUUUGGUAACUUGUGA